CUUGGUGAGUUGCUGCCAUGUCUGGACGCGGGAAGCAAGGCGGGAAGGCUCGGGCCAAGGCUAAAUCGCGCUCGUCACGGGCUGGGCUGCAGUUCCCCGUGGGUCGCGUCCACCGCCUGCUGCGCAAAGGCAACUAUGCGGAGCGAGUGGGGGCUGGCGCUCCAGUGUAUCUAGCGGCUGUGCUAGAGUACCUGACGGCUGAGAUCCUGGAGUUAGCAGGCAACGCUGCCCGUGACAACAAGAAGACGCGUAUCAUCCCCCGCCACUUGCAGCUGGCUAUCCGCAACGACGAGGAGCUCAACAAGUUGCUGGGCAAGGUGACGAUCGCGCAGGGUGGAGUGCUGCCCAACAUCCAGGCCGUGCUGCUGCCCAAGAAGACCGACAGCCACAAAGCUAAAGCCAAGUGAAUGCUAUAGAAACUUGCCAGUGUUAUCUCCAGACAAACCCAAAGGCUCUUUUCAGAGCCACUCACAAAAUCCCUAAAGAGUGGAGUUGCUUAAAUUGAGCUUGUUAAUGUUUCCUAAACAAGCUCUUUCAAAUGCUGUCUUAAGGUCUUUUUUCGUAUAUCUUGCUGUCUGUGUGGUUGACAUUAAAAGAUACGGGUUGCUGGGCUGUAGAACAGA